AUGAAUACCUGGCGUUCGCUAGCUCGCACUGUUAAAUGGCACCAUGGCCCCAUCCGCGUACAAUUGCGGCGGCUGAGUCUGCAAGAGCACCACUCGCACAAACUUCUUAAGGACUUCAACAUUCCAGUUCCACUGGGGUUCCUGGUUGCAACCCCUGAAGAAGCUAGAGAUGUUGUCUCUAAGAUCAACGCACCAUCGAUCAUGAAAGCCCAAGUCCUCGCCGGCGGCCGCGGCAAAGGCAAGUUCAGCAGCGACGGAAAAGGCGGAGUCCGCCUCGUCGAGUCACCAAGCGAAGCCUUCAAAAACGCCACUCAAAUGCUCGGCUCCUACCUAACAACCAAGCAAACCCCACCAAACGGUCUGCUAGUAAGCAAACUCUACAUCUACCAAGCAGUAGCAAUUGCACACGAGUACUACAUAGCAAUGACCUUCGACCGCCAGCGUGCCUCGCCCGUCCUACUCAUUUCCGACGAAGGCGGCAUCAACAUCGAAUCGAACGUCGACAAGCUGCACAAACUAUGGUUUGGACACUCAACGGGUAUCACGCCAGAGAUAGAUGCAUACAUCCAAGCAGAACUAGGCUUCUCAGACUCCGAAAUGAAAGGCAUACAACGGAUCCUGGAACAAAUGAUUAAAUUAUUCCACGAAAAAGACGCGACGCUACUGGAGUUGAACCCGCUUGUUCGCAGUGAAGAGGGCGAGUUCGUCUGUCUGGAUGCGAAAUUUGAGUUUGAUAAUGCCGCGCAGUGGAGACAGAAGGAGAUCUUCGAGUUGGAGGAACGGUCACCGGAGGAAGAGGAGGAGCACCAGGCUUCGAAGUUGGGGCUUUCUUAUGUGCGGCUUGAGGGGAAUAUUGGGAAUAUUGUUAACGGGGCUGGGCUUGCGAUGGCGACGAAUGAUCUGAUCAGUUUGUUUGGAGGGGAGUGUGCUAAUUUCUUGGAUGUUGGGGGUGCGGCGACGAAGGAGACUUUGUCGAAGGCUUUUGGGAUUUUGAAGAGGGAUGAGAGGGUUAGGGGGAUUCUGAUCAAUAUUUAUGGGGGAAUCGUGCGAUGUGAUAUGAUUGCUGAGGCGAUUGUUGCUGCUGCUGCUGAGAUGGGAGGGUUCAAAUGUCCAGUUGUUGUUCGUCUGCAGGGCACCAAUAGCGAACGAGGAUUGAAGCUGAUUCGAGAAUCUGGAUUGGAGAACUUGAUUGUGGAGCCUGAGUUUGAGAAAGCCGCUAGGAUGAUCGUGGAAAAGACCUCCAAUUAA